AUGGCUGAUCCAGAGGCGGAGGCCAGAGCCAAGCUUGAGGAUGGAAUUCUAGAGGCUCCACUAACAGGUGGAGUAGAGAGUGGAGUCACCCACGAACAGGGUGCAGAGACUAAGCAAAUGGAAAAUGCACAGUUAGAGGUGGUGUCUAUUGGAGAUCAGGAUCUUCUAGCUUCCACUCCUCCCCUUGAGAGCCACAAUGAGAGCAUUUCAGCAGAAAUCAGCAACAAUAACCCAGGCUCUGAGAGCAUAGAGCAGACAGGCUGUCAGACAGAAGCUACCAACAAUGCCCAAGCACAAUGUCCAAGUCCGGGAAUGCCUGUUACUAAAGUCCAGCCCUUCCUGUCAGGUGACCAAGUAGAAGACAAAACUCUCAGGGGUCGUUUAUUUGCACGAAGAAUGGAGCUUUUAAUUGGAGUUUGCGUGCUGCUCACUAUUACCUUUGUCCUUGGCAUUGGUCUGGGAGUGGGGCUGAGCUGUAGAGGGAAGUUCCGGUGCAGCUCCUCACUCUGUGUUAGCAUCUCUGCGCAAUGCGAUGGGCAUGUGGACUGUGAACAUGGCGAGGACGAGCUCAGCUGUGUGCGCGUGAGUGGGAAGAGUUCAGUGCUGCAGGUGUUAAGUGGAGGAGUCUGGAGCACUGUGUGUUCAGAAAAGUGGCACUCUGAUCUGGGCUUCUCUGCCUGCAAACAGCUGGGAUAUUCCAGUUAUGUGGAGUCUGGUUCCCUCCCUCUCACCUCGAUUGAACAAGACCUUAAGGAUAACCUGGUGUCCAUCAACCUGAGCCAGCAGAAUCCCCUGUAUCCAAUCAAGAUACACAACACAACCAACUUGAGUAAAACUGAAUGCAGAUCAGGGAAGAUCAUCACUUUAAGGUGCUUGGAGUGUGGCUCCCGGCCCCAGUACAGUGCACGUAUCGUGGGGGGUAACCUGUCUCAGGAAGGCCAGUUUCCUUGGCAGGUGAGUCUUCAAUUCCAGAAUGAGCACCUGUGUGGAGGAUCUAUUGUAGAAUCACGGUGGAUAUUAACAGCUGCACACUGUGUGUAUGGCUUUGCGUAUCCUCCUCUGUGGUCAGUUCUCGCUGGACUCACAGAGCAGCCAGCCACCGGAGCCAAGUAUCUCACUGUGGAGAAAAUUAUUUAUCAUGGUCGCUACAGACCUAAAGGGCUGGACUACGACAUCGCCCUGCUUAAACUGUCACAGCCGCUUGCCUUCAAUGGCUACAUUGAGCCCAUCUGCCUGCCAAACUUUGGAGAGGAGUUUGAGGAUGGGAAGAUAUGCUGGAUCUCAGGAUGGGGAGCUACAGAGGAUGGAGGUGAAGCGAGUGUUUCUCUGCAUUCUGCAAGGGUGCCGCUGAUCUCCACCAAAGCCUGCAGUCAGCCCGAAGUCUAUCAGGGCUACAUCUCGCCUGGCAUGAUCUGUGCAGGAUACCUAGAAGGAGGAACCGACUCCUGCCAGGGGGACAGUGGUGGUCCUCUGGCCUGUGAGGUCUCGUCUUUGUGGAAGCUGGUGGGAGCGACGAGUUGGGGUCAGGGCUGUGCUGAGAGAAACAAACCUGGGGUUUAUACACGCAUCACACAAGCUCUCACCUGGAUUCAUCAACAAAUGGAGAGAGAAGAAACACUGAACCCCUCUCCAAUCAGCUCAGACAACCGACAAAUCUAACAAGGCUUAUUUUAUUACUAUUAUUUUUUUUUUAAACAUGUCCACAGUGUAUUGGAUUUUUCAUCCUGCACAGCUCAGUGAAAUACUGUACAUUACUAUAAACAGUGUUAUUGAUGCUGGAAUGUGCUCCAGUCUGCUACCGGCUUCAUAACCACAUACGACUGAAUGACUUUACUCAGAGAAACCCGAGAUCCAAAACAACCAAAAUGCUUCCAACCUCCAAAAGGUUCAUCUGAAUGAACAAAAAUACUACAGUGAAUUUUGCAAUGUUUCAAAGCUUGCAUUUUUUAUAUUCAUAUUCUUCUAGCAAAGCAAAUAAACUUUCUUCUUGCUUUAAGAAACACACUAAUGACUCUACACUUCAGUGUGUCCCCAAGGCACACUACAUUGUAGUGUGUCAAGAGAACAAACAUUCCCCAGAGGU